AUGUACCAUGCACUGUGGCGCCGCGCUAAGACACCAAGGGCACCAGCAGCGAAUGGGAGUGCUUCAUAUGUUAAGUUGCCUAAAUUUAAUCCUGAUUGUGCUGACGCGAACGUUUCAUCCUGGUGUACAACAGUAGACCGCAUAUUUACAGACAACGUGCUCGAGAGCAGCGCCCUAGUCAUAUCUUUAAACAUGGCUUUAGAGGGCAGUGCGUCACUGUGGCUGUCACAGAUAUGCUAUGCCGGCAUUACUUGGAUGGAGUUUAAAGAGCUGUUUAUUCAACGCUUCGUGGUCAUUGAGAUGUCUGCUGCCAUUAUAAUGCAUGUUUUGAACGGGCGUCCAAAAUCUGGUGUUGCUGAAUAUGACAGUCGAAUUGUGACUCUACUUAUGUCUAAGUGGAAGACAAAAGAUCUGGAGGAAUUCGCAGUGUCGGUAGCGUUGGCUCACAUGGCACAAAUUGAUAAAAAUUUGUUACGUUGGGUAUUCACUACUAAUGUAAAAACGCGCAACGAGCUACAACAGCAGUUACAGGCACACGGUUUUAGGAAGCGUAAUAUAGAUGAGGAUGGAUAUAUUCUGAAUCUGCGCAGUACAUGGAUGAGAAAUAAAAAAUAG